GGGAGGUUCGGCUCCAGUGUGUGAAGGCGCUCCAGGGAAUUUAUGGAAACCCGGACAUGGCCCCACAGCUGGAAUUGUUCACUGGGAGGUUCAAGCCCCGGCUCGUGGCCAUGGCCCAGGACAAGGAGCCCGAGGUGGCCCUGGAGGCCGUCAAGCUCCAAAUCCUCCUGGUCCAGAAUGUGGGGGAUUCCCUGUCGGAGGAGGAUUGCCAGAGUAUUUAUCCCGUGGUUUUCGUGGCCAACCGGGCCCUGGCCUCGGCUGCCGGAACUUUCCUGUUCCACAGGUGAAU